AUGGCAGACACCGCGGUCCCCCCACCAGCUGAAGCGAUGUCAAUCGCCUCCCCCAUCAACUUGAUUCUUCUCUCCCUCUUUGUGGUGCUUGUCUACAUGCAGCUCCGCCCCAAGGCCCCCGCUACUCUUCCUGAAGGCCCGCCCCCAGUCGUCUUCCGCACAUUUACUCCCUCGACCCUGCUCCCCUUUAACGGCAUCAACGAUGCUCCCGUCUACCUUGCUGUGCGCGGACGUGUUUUCGAUGUAUCCCCGGGCAGGAACUUCUACGGACCGGGCGGACCAUACGAGAACUUUGCCGGCCGUGACGCAUCCCGUGGACUAGCCUUCCAGAGCUUCGACGAGGAGAUGCUCACCAAGGAUCUCAAGGGCCCCUUGGACGACCUGAAGGACCUCGACGCCGACCAGCUGGAGAACCUCCAAUCUUGGGAGGAGCGUUUCUCGGAGAAGUACCUCGUCGUGGGUAAAUUGGUUGCAGAGGGUGACCCAGAAGCGCCCAAAGCUUAA